AUGGAUUUCAUCUAUUACUGGGUCCAUCGCGCCACGCAUGAAGUGGAAUGGCUUUGGAAGUUCCACCAAAAGCAUCACACGACGAAACAUCCAUGCCCGUUUUUGCUGGCAUAUGCGGACGAAAUACAGGAAGUCUUCGAUCUCAUUGGAACCCCUUCUCUGACCUAUGCGCUAUAUCCCGUACCUUUCGAUGUUUUGUACAUCUGGUCGCUUUUCCUUGUUGCUAUUGAGGCCAUGGGCCAUUCAGGCGUGCGGUUGUAUUUCCCCGGCCUGCUCACUUUUGGCAUCUUGCGUCCCGUUGAAUGUGAUAUUACUGUGGAAGACCAUGAUUUGCACCAUCGAUAUGGCUGGAAGCAGAGCUAUAACUACGGCAAACAAACUAUGCUGUGGGAUCAGCUCUUUGGAACAAAGGCGGAAAGGCUGGAGACGUCGUAUGACAAUGUGGAUUGGAACAAUGUUUGUGAUGUAUAA